UUGUAAGUCAAUACAAGAGGCCGCUUGUGCAUAAAAUGUCAUAGUUCUCGCUGUAAAUUAACUCCACAUUUUGAAGCCAAUACAGGACCCUGCGUAUGUAUAAAACUUCACAGUCGUUGCUGUGAAUAAAUCCUUCACAUUUUGAGGCCAAUACAAGAAGUAAUGGCACGCAGCGUGUAUGAAAGGUACAUCAGUGGAGGUAACAACGUUUCCCUCCAAUUCGAGUAAAGACACGUCUAAAAGAAUACAAUCUCCAACCAUGACUGAUUAAAUAGGAAAUACACACAGACGCAACGUAGCCGAGAGGUCAGCGCGUCGGACUCGCAAUUCAGCGGUUCCGGGUUUGAUUUCUACUUGGAUUUGUGCGCUAGCUCCGAGUUCAAAUGCUCGGCCAACUGGUUUGCCUCCGGCCAGUUGAUUUUCUUAACAAUGUACAUUACGUUCAAUUUGAAUUGUCUGUUUCAGUUGUUUGCUCGGCCUCUCUAGGCUUUGUGCUAUAAACACUGCUGAAGGCAAAUAUCAGUUAUUUUAUCUUUAUUAUUUUGUUAGAGGUAAAACAAUUACGAGUUUGACGACUUGACUUAAAAUACACUACACCUCAGCCGAACGCAGACACCGAAACAAUUAAAACAAAUCAGAGAGUUUUUUUAAUUUCUUUUGUACCAGAACAAAAUAAAUUGAGCGACUUAGGCAAUGACGCUUAACAUUUUGAAGCCAACACACGCCGCGCUUUAACGAUGUCUAAGUGGCUAGUGCUCGUGUGCACUGUAUAACUGUGAAACUUAACGCACGCGCCUCGCGUAUUGGCACACAGUGUCUAUGAAAGUUACAUCAGUCGAGGUUUCAACGUUCAUUCCAGUAACUGCACGUCUCUAAAAGAACACAAUCUCCAACCUUGAUAGGUUUUUGACUUGAUUAAAUAAGACAACCGCACAAAGGCAAAACAAUUAAGAACCUAACGAAAAUAUCAUGACCUCGUUUUGUUAAACCGGCUGUAAACUUUUGACGCACUACACCUAAGUUCAAAGCGGACCGGAAUACUUUUCUCUAAUUAGGGCCGAUACAGGCCGCCUGUAUUGGCCUCAAAAUGUAAAGGUUUAUUCACAACAAGAACUGUUGCCCACAUUCACAGUAAGAGCUAUCAUCGGAAAAAUGCAAAUCAUGCCAAACUUCAGCAGAGAAACCACCCCAAUGCUGUUUUGCAGUCGACAUUGGGACGGCGAAAGUUAUCUGCUUCACAUUUACUCAUCUGUUGUGUUUUUCUGUGUUAUUCUAACCAUAACAGCUACUCUUGGGAACAGUUUGAUCUUGUUCGCCCUUCACAAGGACAAGUCUCUCCACCCGCCAUCAAAACUAUUGCUUCGUUGUCUGACGGUCACCGAUCUUUGUGUUGGUGUGAUCGGGCAGCCGACAGCUAUCACCUUAUUAUUAUCCGCUAUAAACGAAAACUGGAAACUUUGUCGAGUGGCUAAAUACUUGGCGUAUGUUACAACCACGAUUUCUUCUGGCGUAUCUUUAGCGACACUGACCGCUAUAAGUGUGGACAGACUACUCGCUCUGUUAUUGGGUUUACGAUAUAGACAAGUUGUCACUGUAAAGCGCGUUCGUACGAUCAUCAUCCUCUUCUGGUUAAAAAGCAGCGCUGUCGGUAUUCUCUAUGUUUGGGAUAUGACUGCCUACUUCAUCACAAGUGCUGUAUUAGUAAUGUUACAGGUUAUAAUUUCUACUUAUUCUUACGCAAGAAUCUUUCGCACUAUCCGACGUCAACAAACACAAGUACAAGAUACUCUUGGAGGUCAGAGUGGAAGUAUUUCGCCAAAUAUGGCGCGAUAUAAAAAGACAGUUAUCAAUGCAUUGUGGGUUCACCUCACACUGGCAACAUGUUAUCUUCCUUUCGCAGUAGUAAUGACUGUAGCAGCAAGAAGAGGAUUAGAUUCGUCUCUUUUUUUGGCCGAGGAUGUGGCAGUCAAUUUCGUUUACCUCAAUUCCUCACUGAAUCCUAUUCUCUAUUGCUGGAAGAUCAAAGAAGUUCGACAAGCAGUAAAGGAAACCUUAAGACAGUUUUGGGCUUGUCUCUCAACUUAAUUAUGAAUAAAGUAGUAUAGCAGAAACGUAGGCAAAAUAUUUUGGCUGAAAACCCACUUUGGGUUUGCUCAUUACUGUAUGCUCAAAUUUUUCAUUACUACAUGCUAAUGCUUGAUACCCAAAAAAUCUCACUGUGUAGUCAGGGGACUGGUGACGACACUCUAUAACGUGUAAGGGCCGAUAAAAAAUUGCGAAUGUAGCAUUUAUUAUGUAGUUUAUUGCGGAUUACGUUUUUAGACUAUCCUGAUUAUAUUUUUGACAACUGACUUAUUCAUUUCUUAACGCCUUUAAUCCUAAUAUUAUUCACAACUGACUUAUUCACUUUUGACAACUGACUUAUUCAUUUCUUCACGCCGUUAAUCCUAAUAUUGUUAUUUA